AUGGAAGAAGCUAAGGCGAGUUCCGCCGGCCUGGAGGCUCUCGCCUUCCGUCUCACGGAGCGGCUCGCGGCCGACGCCGCAGCAGCAGGAAACGGCAAAAACUUAGUCUUUUCGCCGCUGUCCAUCUACGCCGCGCUCGCCCUGGCGGCCGCCGGAGCCCGUGGGCGAACACUCGACGAGCUGCUCGAGGUCCUCGGCGCGCCGUCGCGGGACGGCCUUGCCGAGUUCGUCCGAGGGCUGGCGGAGCGGGCCCUUGUCGACCGGUCGCCGGCGGGCGGGCCGUCCGUUAUGUUCGCGUGCGGCCUGUGGCACGAUAAGACGAGGGAGCUCAGGCCCACCUACCGCGCCGCCGCCGCCGAGUCAUACAAGGCGGAGAUGCGCGCCGUCGACUUCCACAGAAAGCCGAAGAAAUCAGGGAAGCGAAUCAACAAAUGGGUCGCAGCAGCCACAAACAACCUCAUUGAUUCAAUCCUUGAUCCGAGCUCUGUGUCAAAACAGACGGAUCUCAUACUUGCCAACGCCAUAUACUUCAAGGGUAAGUGGGACGUGCCUUUCAACAAGAAGUACACCAAAGAUGGCAAGUUCUAUCUUCUCGACGGCAGCACCAGGAAGGUGCCGUUCAUGCGAACCCGGAUGCGCCGGUACAUAGCCUGCCACCCAGGAUUCAAGGUGCUCGAGCUCCACUACGGGAGGGGUGAAGUGAGUAGAGAGUCACCGUCGUACUCAAUGUGCGUCUUCCUCCCGGACGCGCGCGACGGCCUUCCUGGACUCAUCUCCGACAUAGCGCGCACCCCUGGUUUCGUAAGCAGGCACCAGCCCAGGACCGACGUCGUGGUGCGCGCCUUCCGUCUUCCCAAGUUCAAGAUUGAAUUCUCCAGGCCUGUCACCGGUGUUCUCCGGGACAUGGGUUUGGAGCUGGCUUUCAAGCAGGGGGAGGCCGACCUGUCCGACAUGGUGGAAGAGGACGAAGACGGCAGGACGCUGGCGCUCGAGCAAAUCGUCCACAAGGCUGUAAUCGAGGUGAAUGAGAAAGGUACCAAGGUAGUGGCCGUCACCGGAGGCUUCUUACGGGGUGCAGGUUGUAAGCGCCGGCCAAGGCCCGUCGAUUUCGUUGCCAACCAUCCAUUUGCAUUCUUUGUCAUCGAGAAUAGGUCCGGUGCAAUUAUGUUUGCAGGCCACGUCCUCGACCCUUCAAAUUAA